AUGGAUUAAAUUGGAGUAGAUUAAAAAGAAGAAAAACGAAAGAACGAUGAGAUCUAGCAUUUGUUCUUUCCCAACAAAAGAAACUUUCAUAUUUAUGCUGAGUUGUUAAAGUCAUGCCAAAAAAAGCUCAUUGUAAGCAUGUAUCAGAUUUCACAUAAAAUAUUGGUCAACAUUUUAAUUGACCUUUCACUUAAUGGGAGAGAUAUUUAAAUUGUAACUAAUUCCAGUAGUGAUGAUAAAAAAGCAAAGUCAAUACUUUUGAUGAUGAUUUAAAGUUCUUUGGAGAAGAUAAAAAUUGCUGUAUACGAGAAAGAACUUUGUUUGAUGCAUUAAAAAUAUUGUGUGAUAGACGACCAAAUUAUUAUGACUGGUUCUGCAAAUUGGACGAACAAUGCGUUUCGUAAAAAUGUGGAGAGUGUGGUUAUUUUGAAUAAUAUCAAAGAGGCUUAGCUCUAUACUUGUGAAUUCUGGAAGGUUUGGAGUCAGUCCCAAAUCUUAAGAUUAAAAGGGUAGAAUCUCGACUUCUCUCCCUUUAUUGAUAUAGAGUCGAUGAUCUUUAUGGAGAGGAGGAGAUAGAAGAACAAAUUCAAUAAGAUAAUUGAUUUGGAGAAUAGUCAUCAGCAGGAGGAGGGAGAUAAGGAUGAGGAGGUCAAGGAGUAAUCUGAUGAAAGUGUGCAGUGUUGUCAAAGUCAGAAGAUUACGAAGAUAGACAGCAAUCUUAAAAGGAAAAGAAUAAGAAAAAGCAAUUUAUAGUAAUAGAGACAUGAUUUAUAACAUAAUGAGUUUCACGAGGGAAAUCUAGUAAUUUAAAUAGAUGCUCUUGAUAAAUAAAAUGUAGAUUAAAUUGAUGAAUUUGAAAUUAUGCUUUGA